GGCCGUACAGGGACCCAGGUCACACUGUGGGCCAGCAGCAGCGUGACCAGGAGGUACGGGGGCCCAUGGCCGAUAUGGGGCCUGGCGGAACCUAUGGAAGUCCUGGAAUCUGCCAGCAACCUAUGUCAAAAUGGACAAAGCACAGUAGUGUAAGGAGACCUCAAAGUGGCACAUGGCAGAGUGUAAGCAAUGGGAGGCCCAGCAGCAGCGUGACCAGGAGGUACGGGGGCCCAUGGCCGAUAUGGGGCCUGGCGGAACCUAUGGAAGUCCUGGAAUCUGCCAGCAACCUAUGUCAAAAUGGACAAGCACAGUAGUGUGAGGAGACCUCAAAGUGGCACAUGGCAGAGUGUAAGCAAUGGGAGGCCGUACAGGGACCCAGGUCACACUGUGGGCUCAGCA